AUGGAUGACACUUUAUGUGUUGGGGAUGUUGUUUGUCUUUAUUCAGAAGAAGCCAAUGGAUUUGCAUUGUCAAAACAAUCGAGUUCAGUACAUUCUGAGAUAGCAGUUGCUUCCCGACAAGACAGAGUUCGACCUUAUAUACCUGAUCAACAAGAUUACUUUAAAACUUUUAUCAAGUUAAAUUGUUCAAUUUUAGUGAUAUCAUUCCAAAUAUGUGUAGCCAAUAGAUAUAAACUGAAUAAAAGAUACAGAAAAUUACAAGCUCAGUCUUAUGAUAGACCAGAUGAUAUUGCUUUAAAGAACUCUGUAGCUCAAGCUAAAAUAACUGCUGAUUCUGAAAGUGAAGACAAUGAUUCUGAACAGAAACGUCAACUUGGACGUAAAGUCUUAUAUGGACAAGUUAUACAGUUACGACAUUUAUUUACGGGUAAAUAUAUACAUGUGUCAACAACGAAAACAUCCAUUACAGAAUCUAAUAACAUGGCAGUUGAAUUACGGUCAGAUAAUGCUAAACAUUGUCAGUUUCGUAUCAUGCCAAGAUAUAAAGUUAAAUCAGAAGGUGAUGUGGUACAAGUGGAUGAUCAAAUAGUAUUAGAAAGUUUUAAAUCUGCUGGACAAUUUUUACAUGUUAGUAGAGCACCUUUACCAAAAACAUCUGUUUAUUCACAAAGUUUUGAGAUGAACCUAUCUGUAUUACAAUCAGGUUUUACUGUAUAUAGAAAAUAUAAACCUGAACCUGAUGAUAAAUCUAAAGUGAAAGUCAGUGAUAUUCUCAGAUUUUAUCAUAAAGAAAUGGAGGCUUAUUUAGUAGCAGAAGGAUUAUUUGAUGAUGAAAUAGUAGAAGAUGUUCAUCUUCGAGUGAGACAAGCCGACCAAAGUAAUCCUAAAACAUUGUUUCCUAGUAGUUCAGCUGUAACAUAUUGGCAGAUAGAAUUACAAGAAGGUUCUGUAGCAGGUGGAAUAUUGAAAUGGGAACAACAGUGUAAAAUAAUUCACAUGUGUACACGAAAGUAUUUAACAGUAGAUGAAUCAGGCAAGGUCACUAUGACAACAGAUCAUCUAGAUCCACGAACUGUUUUUAGACUACACGCUGUCAUUAGGGAUAAUGAUGAUAUAUCAUUUGAAAGUUAUUGUCGUAUAGAACAUGUUGUAUCAGGACAUUGGCUUCAUGCUUUCUCUAUUGACCAUAAAUCAUCUCAAGCAGCUAGUGGUGAUGAUAAAAAUGAUUCUAUGUCUGGUUUAAAAUAUAGUACAGCUCAACUUAAAAAGAUUGGUGCUAUUAAAGAAAAGCAAUAUGAUGAUGCGUUUACUGUACAGGCUGUUGAUGGUGAACUGUGUCAGAUAUUUAAUUAUAUGGCUGGUAUGGUACCUUGUAUACAGAAACUUGUUACUGAUAAAAAGAAUAAUAUGGUAUUGAAUGCCAAAUCAACUCAUGAAAUUAUCACUGCAUUAAAAGAAAUGGCAGAAUUUAUGAUAGAGAACAGUGUACCAAGUAAAAAUAGACAAAAGUUAAUGAGAAAUUUAAGGAUUGUAGAUUUAUUAGCUAAUUUAUUACAAAUACCAUGUCGUGGUUCUCCUGAUCAAAUGCAUCUAACAAAGAUAUUCGUAGAAGCAUAUUCAGUAUUAUAUUCUUAUUUAAUGGGUAACAGUAGAAAGAAUGAACUGUAUAUUGCUAAAUAUAUAGACUUUUUCCUGACACAGUUUGAAUAUAAGGAGGGUAAAAUUGGUUUAAAUGCAGCCCAUAUGGUAAUGGAAUUGAUACGGGAUAAUAGAAAAAUAGUUGAUAGAAUAACACAUGAUCAUAUUAAUCAAUUUGUUGAAAGAUUACAUAGAGAAAAGAAUUAUCGGUAUUUAGAUUUAUUAAGUGUGUUAUGUGUUUGUGAUGGUGUUUCUAUUGCUGAUAAUCAGAAAUAUAUAACAGAGGCUUGGUUGAUGAAAGGAAAUAAGAGUUUAGAUCAUGUUAAUAUGUCAGCAGUUGGUUUUGUGAAUUGUGUUUAUUUAACUGAUCUCGGUGAGAAAAUUGGUAAAGAACCAGGAACUGUUUAUGUAUCAACUAAUAAUGGUAGAUUAUGGAAAGAAUUACAUCAAUUUGCCAUUAAAUCACAUACAGAAGCUGAGUCGAAUGAAACCUAUCUAUUUUUAGAACAUCAGUUAGAAUUAUUUAGAAUGUUGUGUCAUGGACAGAAUGAGUUUUCUAUCAGUGUUAUAACUAAAGAAUUAGAUUAUUUAACAUGGAAUGAAGCGUUUACCUGUCUAUCUGACAACAGACUACCUGAUAGACUACGUGCUAAAUAUUGUGAUCUCAUUACCACUCUAUUUGUUGAUAUUGGUAGUAAUAUAUCUGUAAUUGAUAGAGUAAAGCUAUCAUAUAAUUAUGAUCUGAUAUCUAAAGCUGAAGCUCAGGUUGAUAUGAGUUCAUCACCAACAUAUCAAUAUUUCCCACAAAUUAGAGAUUGGAUCACCAAAUUUCUAGCUUCAAAUGGGGAUAUGACUGCUUCAGAGAUUGGUAAUAAUAUGUUCGUUAAACAGGUGCUUAGAUUAGUAUAUUAUUUAGUGGUGUAUGGUUUUUACUAUCAAACAGAAGAUAUCAGAGAAUUACUAGCACCUUUAAUGAGUUUAUUAGAUGGUAGAAAUGAUAAACCAUAUCCCAAUGUUUCUGGUACUAAAAAUAGUGAGGUAUUGAAAUAUUUUAAUCAAGUUGCUCGUUAUCAGAAAUCUCCUGAAACCAAGGCUAUUGUUGAUGCUAAAUUACAAGCUUUAGAAGUGAUGGAUCUAUUCUUUAAUUUUAUUUUUAACCUACGAAUGGAAAGGUUAAUGUUAUCAUUUAAAACAACCAAUGAUCAAGCCAGUAAACCUAAUAUGACUCCAGAACUUGGUGUUUUACUCUUCGAAACAUUUGAGUUAGAAACUCAUUCUGGUGGUGCAAAAUCAGCGUGUAAAGUAUUACAAAAUAUAUUUGAAGAAACCGAAUUCUUUAAAAAUUAUGAAAUUACAGAAAUCCUCUUGGAUUUAUCUCAUUAUGAUUAUGAUGAGAUGUUAUGUAAAUCAAUGCAUAUAUUAAACAGAUAUUACUCAUUUCAUCAAAAUCUCUUUAAUAAAGCCAUACAAGCUCAGGUAUUAAUAACUGAUAACUCAGUGAAUAUCAUGUCCAGAUUAAGUCAAAUUUUACCAGUAUUACGACGUCUAGCUACCGCCAAGUUAAAUGAUGACCAGGUUUUACAACUAGCAGAUAUCCUUGAUGAACUUAUUUUAAUGUGCCAGUUAGAAGGUGAAGCAGAUGAACGCCAUUUUAUGAACCAGAAAAUUCUGUACAAUCAUGGUGUAUUGGAAGAUGCUCUAACAAUCUUGUCUCAAGCCAUUGAUAUCAAAUUAUUGGAUCAAUAUGGUGGAUUGAAAAAGAUUUUCCAGAAAACAUUUGUAUUAUUACAAUCUAUGGCCCAAAAUAAUAAGAUAGUUCAAGGUCGAUUAUUCGAUAGAUUAGAAUUGUUAUUAUAUAAAGAAGGGGCCCCAUCACAGUUAGCUGAUUUAUUAACAGAGAUCUUCACUGGUAACUCCACCACCUGUAUGAAAAUACAAAGUCAUCAUGUAAUGAAGAUAGUAACUUUAAUAGCUAAACAUAAAUCUAAAGUGCCACAGUUUUUAAAUUUAUUAAAUGCUGUAGUGAAAGUGGAAGAACUAGAUCUACCAUUAAAAAGAAAUCAGAGUUUUGUGAUGACGUAUUUUAUGCAGUAUAGGUCUGAAAUAGCUUAUAUUAUAGAUCAACCAGAAGAUGAAAGAGAGAAAAUAUUAACAUCAGAUUCUGAUGAAUUAAAUUAUUUGAUAUCUAUGGUUGAUUUAUUAGCUACAUGUGCUGGGGGUGAAAACCAAUUUAUUGAAUCAAUUUGUCAAACCAUAUUUAAAAUAGGUGAUUUAUUAAAAGUUUUAAAUCAUCCAUCUGUACAUGAUAAUUUAAAGAAACCAUUUUUAAGAUUUUUACUCUGGGUAUAUAUGAAUACAGCUAGUGGUAUGAUUGAAAGUGGUGCUGGAGACUUGCCACAUGAUAAAAAUAUGUGGGACUUCCUGAAGAGUACAAGUGAGAAGUUAAAAAAGGUCAAAUUGUUUGUUGAGAACAAUAAGGAAGAAACAAAACAGCUAUUAAAACGACCUCCUUCAAAAAGUGAUAAGAGUACUCUAGAAAAAGAGAAUAUGAGAGGAACAUUACAUUAUAUAUUUGAUGGUGUCAUGCAAUUUCUACAGAUAUUUUGUAGAAGCUACUAUCAACCAGAUUCUAUGUUUCCUAAUGAGAAAAAAGAGUUAUCACAAUUAGCCUUGGAUUAUGAGGCAUUUUUAGAAGUCAUUGCACCAUUAGUAUGUGAUGAAACUCAACUCAAAAAUCUUCUUGGUGCCAUGACUGGAUUAAUCACAGCAACUAAUGCCAUUUCAAAAUCUAAAAUGGAGGAAUUUCACAAUACAUAUGGUCAUUUAAGUGGCAGUGAUAUUCAUAGUGAUAGCAGAAAGAAGUAUGAAGAGUAUUAUGCAGCAGAAGAAGAAAUUAAUGUUAAUUUAAAUGUAUUUGUUGUUAAUAUGGAACUAUCUUAUGGUGGUGUAAAUACAGUAGAAAAUCAAAUAGGCUAUCCUUCUGAUCAAGAAUACAGUGAAAAGGGUGAAGAUGAAGAUUUACCAUUAGGUCAAGAAUUUCAGAAUCAUUUAAAAUGUUUUGUGGAUUCUCACACUAAAGACCCUACUAAAAGAUAUAGAUUGGCAGAAAAAUUAGUACGACAACUUUUGAUUUCAAGUAACCUAACAAACCUGUCAGAGAAAGAAAGACUAGAUCAAACUCAACUAGAUAUCAAAUGUUUAAAAUUAUUACGUGGUUUAAUUCAUAAUGAAAUAGUGAAACUACCGUUCGACUGGGAGGCUGAUAUACAAUCACAUAAAAAAUUACUAAAGACUAUAGAAUCAGUUCAAACAGCUAUCAAUUCCUAUGGUGUAGUAGAUAGUUUAUGUAAUCAUUUAUCAAGACCAGUUGAUGAUAUUGUUCGAGAAUUACUAGCCUUUAUGUGUGCUUUAUUAUUUAGUGGUAAUGAAGAUGUUCAGACCAGUUUAUAUGAAUAUUUUACUGGAACCAGAGAAGAAACAUUCUUUUUUGCCAUUAAAGACAGGAUGCAGCUUUCAGCAGUAGCUACAAGAGAAAAACGAUUAUUACAUGCUCAACAUCAAGCUAAGGUAGAUGACCUGAUAGCUCAAACUCGAGCUCUUCAGAAAGCUAUGAAAGAAGGUCAGACUACUAAUACUGCCUUUCUGACAAGUCAGUUAGGUUCUAUGUUAUCUGUUGCUAAAUCUAGAACUAGUUUAAGAGGAUCUGGCAAUUAUAGGAAAUCCAAAUUGGCAAAUGGUAAAUCCUCAUUAAAUGGAUGUAAAAUAUCUUUGAAAAAAAGUACUGUACAAUUACCUAAUGGGUUUAAACAAAAAAAUGGUUCUGUGAUAAUGAAUAAUAACAAAAAUAACAAAGUAUUAGCUAAGAACAAGGCAUCUGUGGUACCUACUACUGAUGAAGAUGUAGAUAUUAAGAUAGAUCAAUUAUAUGAAGAAGAAAUAGCUGAGUUAACUAAUUAUUUUGUAUUUAUUUAUAUGCAAUUAGAUAAAGAAGAGUUAACUAAUUAUUUUGUAUUUAUGUAUAUUCUUGAGCAAUUAGAUGAAGAAGAAAUAGCUGAGUUAACUAAUUAUUUUAAUUAUCUAAGAGAACAGCCUGAUAAUAUUAAAUCAGUCAAUUUAGUAGCAGAAACCACUAAGUUUUUAAGUAUACUAUAUUCCAGUGUAAAUAAUAAUACAAUAUCAUUGAUCACAGCUUUAUUUGAUACCCUAGUUGAAUAUACUUCGGGUAAUUUUGCCAAUCAAACGGUGGUAUUUGACUAUAAAAUAUGUGAUUAUAUUAACCAUAUAUUAAGAUCAGAGAUCUAUAAAGGCUGUGAUGCUGAAGAGGUUCAAACAUUAAAGAAGUCAAUAGCUAUGUUGAUUCGAGUAUUAACAGAAGAAAAUCCACCAUCAGCUGUAGAUGAUGAUAAUGCACUGUCAUUAGUUCAGGAAAUAUUUGAAUACCUUGAUACAGAUGCAUUAUCAGCUGUUAUGGUGAAGGCGUAUAAUGAUAUUCUUAGUGUCUUUAAUCCCAGUAAUAACCCAUCUAUUCUAAACUAUGUUUGUCCUGCUGGGGCCGCUCGAAUGGAAUUAAACGACAGGACAUCCAGACAUAAUGAACAAGAAAAUCAGACACAUACUGAUAAUUAUAAUCUACCUAACCUAACCAGGAAAGUAGGUUUUGCCUUUCAUCAUAUAUUGUGUAGAAUGAUAGAUUUGCAUGGUGAAGAAACUCUAUCAAAAAUAUGUAAAAAUCCAGAAAUAACAGAAGCUUGGGAAUAUUUCAGUUGUAAUACAUUGUCAAUAGAAAUCAUAAAGGAUGAUGUUCUACAAAAAAUGCAUUUCCAAGUUAAAGAUAAAAAUGUACUGCGUGAAGAAAUUAAAGAUAAAUUUAAAUAUGAAGUUGAUAGAUCUAGUCCUAGUAAUAAAUUACGUGAUUUUAUGGACUGGUCUUCUGAUAUUAUAGCUGAUAUACGAUACCAAAGAAAAAUACAUUCUAUACCAUUAGCUAGAUUACUUGUUAAAACCUGGCCAGUGUUGAAUGUUAGUGUAUUAUUUCUAUCAGUCAUUAUAGCUUUAAUGAUUUUAAUUACAUGGAAAGCAGAUGGUUCAACAACUAGUACUGUACCAGAUACAUCCAAUUAUCCUUUUGCUUUUGAAGCUACAUAUAUAUUGGGUGGUAUCCAUAAUUUAUUAACCUUCUUAAUGAUAAUAACCUACUUCUUAUCAAACCGUCCAUCUAUACCAACAUGGGUAGAAAUUAAAAAUUUCUUUAAAAGACGAGGUAUUGGUAAGAAAAAUAAAGAAGAAAAUGAAGAAGAAAUUAAAACAAAUCAUCUUCAAGCUCGAUUGUUUAGUUUCCUCACAUUUUAUUAUCUGGUAUUCCUGCUCUUCUCAAUACUUGGGACUAUAUUUCAUGGUUAUUUCUUUGCCUUCCACCUAUUACAUAUGGCAAUGUUAAAUCAACUGUUAAAACGUGUCAUUCAAGCUGUAACUAGAAAUGGGUUAUCAUUGAUAUUGGUUGGUCUGCUGGGUUUGGCUAUAAUUUAUAUCUAUGCUCUGGCUGCAUUUGCGUUUUUCCGAGAUGUAUUAGACAGUAAUGAUGGUAGACAGUGUAACACUAUGAUUGAAUGUUUUAUAACUGUUAUUCACCAUGGUUUAUCAGAUGGCAUGUACAAUACAUUAGAAGGUCAGUUAUCAGGAGCAUCGUUUCCUAGAACAAUAGAAGUAGCUGUAUAUGAUGUGACAUUCUUUAUAAUAAUUACUACCAUUGGUCUCAACAUAAUCUUUGGUAUCAUUGUCGACACAUUCUCUGAAUUGAGAGAUUCUAAGUGGCAAAUUGAUAAUGAUAUGAAAUCCAAUUGUUUUAUAUGUAGUAGAGAAAAUUAUGAUUUUGAAAGACAAGCUUUGGGUUUUUCACAUCAUGUAAAGAAAGAACACAAUCAAUGGGCCUACUUGUUUUUCUUCAUCUAUUUAGAUGAGACUAGACCAAAUGAUUAUUCUGCUUUAGAACUAUAUGUUCACAAAAUGCGCUGUAAUAAUUCCUUGGAUUUUUUCCCAUUAAAUCGUGCUUUAAGUUUACAACAUGAAGAAGAUAGCAGUGAAAAGAAAAUAGAAACUUUAAUGAGUCAAGUUGAUUAUUUAGUCAAGAAAAUGAAAGAAACACAAGUGGAGAAAGAAAAAGAUAAAGAAAAACAAAGACAGAAAGAAUGGGAAGAAAAACACAGAAAAUCUUCUAAAACAAGUGCCUAAAUUAUGUUAUAUUAUCUGUACAUAGUGUAAAUAUCUCAAUAUUUAAUUAAUAUUUAACAUUCCAAAGUGCAUUACGUUACAUAUCAUUGUACACAAAUUAAGGUACAAAAAAUAUUAAGAAAUCUUUAAACAGAAAUUAAGUAUGCUAGAUUCCUUUUCCAUCCAAUUAUUUUUACAACUUUUAAUGUUUAGUCUUAUUUUCUUUGAAAUGAUGAAUUUUAACCAAGCUCAGUGCCAAUUUUAUGUUUUUAAUUCUAAAAAUAAAUUUUAAUUACUAAAUAUUAUAAAAGAAUUUUUAAAAAUUGUGGUAUUGAUUUGUGUUGUUCAGUAUGUUCACAUUGAGAAUUUCAAAAUAAUUUUCUAUAAAUGUAAAUAGUUCUAUAUUUAUCAGAGGUUCUUAAGGAAAUCUUGACUGUUUGAUUAGGGUAGAUAAAGGUAAUGGGUAAAAGUGUGAUAUACUGUGGCUGAUUUAAUUCAAAAGUUUUUUGGAAAAGAACAGAUGCACAAGAAGUAAGUGUCAAAUGUGCAAUGUCGACUGUGGGGUUUAAAGCAUUCCAUACCAGUAACAUUUAAUGAUUUCCUGUUUGAAAUGGAUAAAUUUCAUCCAUAUUAGUUUUCACCAUUUCCAACAUAUGUGAUGCGAUCAGUUGAAAUUAUGUUAAAUCAAAUAUUCAUACAUCAUUGAAAUAUAUCUUAGUUGCAGGGUUCAAUAUGAAUGACACUAAAGUUUAGUUUUGGCUAAUCAAGUUAAAUUUUGAUUCGCAUUUCUUCAAAAUUCAGCAACAAUUCAAAGGAAAUAUUGGGUCGCUAAAAGGGGUCAUUUCGAAAAAUUGAAAACUUCGAUGCAAUACCACUUAAAUUGAACCCUGCUUACUUUAAUGUUUCCUAUAUCAGCCAAUAGUUCAUAAGGUGUAACAGUUUAUUUUUGUAUUAAAAUGAAUUUAUUGGUUGUUAAAAUAUUAAAUUUUAUAUUUGUUGAGAAUUGUAUUUAGUAUAUCAACUGUGAUAUUUUUUAUAAUAAAUUUGUUUGUCUUAAUGAUCU